AGUAAGGGGGGGCCACAGAGCAGCCGAAGAGAAAGAGAGAAGGCCAAGAGGGGAGCCUAAAACUGAACCAGGGUGGUGGUUUUACCCUGAGAAUCUUUUCUUUUGUUCAGAUUGCCUCCCACUCCCCUAUCCUUGGCACCGCCCCAGCCCAUCUCUGCCAUCACUCCUCAUCCACAGAGGGAACAGAAGAUGAAGUACAUCAUUGGCAUUGGAGGCAUGACCAAUGGAGGAAAAACCACACUGACCAAUAGACUCAUCAAAAUAUUACCAAACUGCUGUGUGAUCCACCAGGAUGACUUUUACAAGCCACAAGAUCAAAUAGAAGUCGGGGAAGACGGCUUUAAGCAAUGGGACGCGCUGGAGUCUUUGGACAUGGAGGCCAUGCUGAGCACGGUCCUCGCGUGGCUAAGUAACCCCAUGAAGUUUGCCCGCACACAUGGGGUCAACAUACAACCCAACCCCCGGGAGUCUGGCUCUGACGACACCCACAUCCUCAUCCUGGAAGGCUUCCUGCUCUACAGUUACAAGCCCUUGCUGGACUUGUACAGUCGCUGUUACUUUUUGGCUGUCCCAUAUGAGGAAUGCAAAAGGAGAAGAAGUACCCGAAACUAUAAGGUCCCUGACCCUCCUGGUCUCUUCGAUGGUCACGUUUGGCCCAUGUACCAGAAAUACAGGAAGGAGAUGGACAACAAUGGUGUGGACGUAGUGCAUCUGGACGGGUUGAAAUCCAGAGAUGAGCUUUGCCGUCAAGUCCUGGAAGACAUCCAGAAUACACUCUUAAACUGCUCCUAGUUUCUGGGAAGAGGGUGAGAAAGGAAGCUGGACCUGCCCCCUCACUGGUUUGGCAGAUCUUCAUCAUGCCAAAGGAACAACACAUGGAACCAAGUCCAUAGGACUGUCCAGGCCCUGGAGAGAGGCCCCCUCAACCCCUGGGGAGCCAAACCUGAUCUGACACUACCUGGGAAUCUCCCUCUGGAGAAGGAUGGACAGAGCAAACAAGCAAUCGUUUCUUUCCUUGGCUCAGCUGGAGAAAGGGCAAUGCUUUCCAGGGUCUCGGAAAUGCAAAGAGUUUAAAGAUAUAUUUUGUGAUGGCCACAGUCCACUUAAGCAUUAAAUAUACAUACCUGUUUUUCUA